AUGCUUGACCGCAGGGUCAUUACACUUGGGAAUGCUGGAAGUAACAACAAUUGUUGGGUGGAGUUUGAUGAUGAAGACAGAGGCCGAAAAGUAUUGUACAUGCAGGAGCUGAUCGAAGGAGGACAUUUGUUUGAGAAGUGUGAAUGGCCAGGUGGUUUUGCUGGUUUAGAUUUGGUUGAAGUGGAGGAGAAGGUGGAUAUGGUUGAGCAUGAGAAACAUGUGAUUAAUAGGAAGGGUUUAAUUAAUGAACAAGUGGGGGAUUUUGUGGAUGAAAAGGUGGUUAAUUUGAAGAGAAAAUGUAAGAAAAAGAAGCAAAUUGGUUCUAAAAGGAAGCAGAGAAAGUUGGAGAGCUAUUUUCCUCCUGCUACACGUACUAGCACGCAUCUCAAAGAGUGGAUGAAAUCACAGCUGGAGGAGUUGAAAUCAACUCUGACUGAGAAGAUUUAUCAACAUGAUGCAGAGAUAAAACGGCUUAAGAAGAGGGAAAGUGUUGGUAGGAAAUCUUUUGGUAGCUUUUCACAAAGAACAAUACGUAGUAAUAGAAGGAGGAAGUCAGUCCUUGAUGGGACUCCGAGAAAGGCUGAUGGUGCGAUAGAAGUAGCUCCAAAUGUUAGUGACAAGGUGGGUGUUAGUCCUGGUCAUGGUUUUGUUGCCCAAAAUUCUGAAAUGGCGAAGUUUGUGAGAAAAAAGUGUAAACUGUAA